AUGCCAGCCUUCAACUAUGGACAAGCUGGUGCCAAACAAGAUUUUCAGUCAUCACAACGAACAAUGCAUGAACGUAGUAGUUCAAGCAGUGUCUACUCGCAGAAAGGAGGACCUCCAGACUGGAUCAUUGCCGAACACAGCUACCCCGCCGCGGUUUCGCGCAGUCCCAAGCAUGUCACAUCGAUCGUCUUCAUCAGAGCUUCAACCCGGUGA